UUAUUAUUAUUAUUAUUAUUAUUAUUAUUAUUAUUAUUUAUUCACUUAUUUGCACCCCUUUUUAUCUCUACUUCACGCGCUCGUACAAACCGGCAACACAGCAUGGUUGCCAGCAAGCGGUACUCGCACAGCGCCAAUGUGCUGGACAUAUCACAUGCUAUGAAGCAACAAGCAUACGCGCAGCUGGUUGGAGGCAGCGGCAGCAGCAGAAGUGGUAGCAUGGUCUUUGGCGAGGAUGGAGACUCUGCUGACACGCAAUGCAUGUCCAAUGCGCCUGACCGCCCAUACUUUACGCCGAUGCCCUAUUUGGAGAUGACCUCGCCGACAUCACCGACACUGCCAUCGCCGGCGUCAUCAGUGUCACAGCGACAGUCGCGCGAGUUGAACCGACAGUCCUUCCAGAGCUAUCACUACCACCAGCGCCAGAGACGGAGGUCCAGCUUGCUCCUGGGUCCCGGGUAUUCGCCGCAGAGACCCCAGUCGCGGGUCGCUAAACACGACUCAUCGGCAGUGUCGGCAGCUCAAAAGCGCAUGAGCUUGGGUAGCUACCAGCACGCCGCACUGGGUCGUCACUUUGGCAAGGAUAUGAAAGCAAUGCACGGCUUGUCCGACGAGUAUAUGGAUGACACAGGCGGUUAUGCAAAGCCCAUGUGGAGCGAGGAGCAGCUUCGCAGGGCACGGCGGUUCUCGUCCAGCCACGCACGAGUUAUUUCGUGCCCCACUCUCAACAUCACCCGCAUAAUGCGAUCGAUUAGUGUUUCUAGCGACAACAUCAGCGUCAAUAGCAGCAACAGCGGGCACAGCCUUGCCAAGCAGGCUCGGCGCGAAUUUGUCGCUUCCCCAGGCUUACUAGCCUCCUUCCCUACGAUGCUGAAGGGUGCCCCAGGCAAUGCGCGCAGUAGCUUCAGCAAGCGAAGCAGUAUUGUUAGCGGCGGCUACAAUGCUGGCGAUCAAGACGACUUCCAGGCACGCCAACAGCACCGGAUGUCACAACUGCAGGCCCUGUCGAUUGUCGUGCCUAGCUCACUCAAUACGCUGCCCGAAGACACCGCCGAGACACGCAUGCCACCGCAAGUAGGGGUUGACGGGCUGCGUCGACGCACAUCUAUCCGGCUGCGCCAUGCAGGGACUCCCGACAUUAACAUCAAUUCGGGUGAGCCUGUGGCUCUGCUGUCACCGUCAUUGACUGAGGAAGGCUACCCUGAGACCGGCGACGCCCAAGGCAGGCCGACUGUUCUGAUGGGCGCACAAUAUAAUUCCGCUCAAGACGGCCCGUUGCCCCGCAGCCGUUCUGGUGGUUCCAGUGUCGCCAGCAGUGCGAGGAGUAGUGCAUGCUGGAGCACUAUAUCUGCCGAGUCUCCCCAUAAGCGUUACAGCUACUCAUCUGCGGCUAUUGCAGAGGCCUUGCGCAACUUGCAAUCGGUCAGCCGACACAGUGACAUUAAUUUUAGGGAUUUUUCAUUAAGAACGAGAUUAGACGGUGGCGGCAGUAUCAGCAGCAAUAGCAGCAAAGACGACGACGAGAAAAUGACAAUCACACUCAAAGGCCCGCCGCGACAUAACGGCGACGACACUGGCACCGACGCAGGGAGCGGCGCGGGCAGCAACUCUCAAAAUCAGCAUAAUGGUUGGGCUGAGGAAGCGCCCGCAAACACAAAUUCUCAAAGCAGCAACGAGACUACUGGAUUUCCAAAAUUAGAAGCAUUCAUGGAGCCUUGGAGCCAGCGGCCGUCCACUGACGACGGCGAAGUGGCUGUUCCCGCACUGUACCUCGACAGCACAACCUCGCUGUGGGAUCAGUACGUGUCUGAACUCCAGUCGAGCGAGUUUGACCCCAAUAUCCACUUGAAGCGGAAGCGCGUUUACCAGUUUCUGCGUGUGCCGUGGAAUGUCGAGAAGCUGCUGUGGUUCGGUAUCGCAAUCUGCUUUGAUGCGCUGAUAUACGUGUUUUCCAUUUUGCCCGCAAAGUUUGUCCACGCGGCGUUCACAUUAGCGAUGGCAGUGCUGUCGGAGCUGCCAGCCAUUGUCGAGAGCGCUUGCGAAUCAGCGUUGGUCCAGGUUGCCCUGUGCACGCUGCCAGCCAGAUGGCGCGAGCGGCUUGUGUCAAUAGGGCGACGGAUGCAGCAAUGGGUCGCGCGUCUCAGCGGCUGCGCCGCCGUCGACUCAAGCCGGUUGGCAGCAACCGGCGGGAGCAUGAUGCGUUGGCUCUCGCCGGCGCAGCUGUUUGACUUUUACCGCGGGCUGCUGCUCAUAAUCACAUGCGUUGUUCUGUGCCGAAUCGACGCCGCGCAGAUGUACCACGGAAUCCGAGCGCAGAGCUCACUCAAGUUGUACUUUAUUUUUAGCGCCCUGGACAUAUUUGACCGGCUGCUGUCAUCUUUUGGCUACGAUAUUCUCGACGCGCUCCAGUCGACAGUCACUGACCCGCGGUCACAGCGCUGGAAGAGUGGCGCCGGAUACUUUGCGCUGGCGCAGCUGUACAUGCUUGUGCAUACACUGGUGCUGUUCUACCAAGUGAUCACGUUGAACGUAGCCGUCAAUGCUUACAGCGACCAACUUCUCUCCUUGCUCAUUUCGAACCAGUUUGUCGAGAUCAAGAGCAACGUAUUCAAGAAGUGGGAGAAGGAGAUGCUGUUCCAGGUCGCCUGCGCCGAUAUUGUCGAGCGCUUUCAGGAGAUCGUUUUCUUGUUUAUCAUCAUUCUGCGCAACCUGGCCGAGCUCUCGGGCACCGGAAUAUCGCCGCUGUUUGCCUCUUCAUCGCCGACGGCAACGACUCCGGGAAAUGCGGGCGCUGUGCUUCCAACCGCCCAGCCACCCGUGUCGUUCGACUCGGCUACCCCAUCAGCGUUUGGGCCGCUCGUUCCUGCCUGGGUUUCAAUCCCACUGGUCAACCGAAUCGUUACUCCGGUUCUGAUGGUUCUUGGGACGGAGCUUCUCAUCGACUGGAUCAAGCACGCGUUUAUCACCAAGCUUAACUGGAUCCGGCCAGAGAUAUACUCGCACUACAUCGACAUUCUGUCGCGCGACCUCGCAUGCUCCAAGCCGGGUGCCAGAGUGCGGGGAGUGCCACUGCUACCUCGGAAUGGCGUCGACAGCGCAGCCUCUUCCGCUGACGAGAAGAUUGGGAGGUCCAGCGCGGACAACUACGAGUCGCAGGACAACUCGAUUUCAGAAUAUACACGCCCUACGCGCAGCGCCCUUACUCGGUCCCGCUCGUCGUCGAUACUUGUGCACGCGGCACUCAAACUUUAUGCUUGGGUGCAAGGAAACCUCCUUUCAGAGACGAUUGACAACAAGGACAAAGACAACGAUGGCAACAGCGCCGGUUCACAGAGUGGCGAGCGCUGUGCCUCCGAUGUGGAGGGCCGCUCAUCGUUGUCCGCACAUGCGAAUAGCUUUAGCCGCCAAUGCGAGCACCAGCGUGUGCAGUCGGUCACUCGCCCGCAACUGUUUGUAGAGCAGUCAUCGCGCGUUGCCCGCCGCCUCGGUCUGUCGCCGAUGCCAAUUGCCUGCAUGAUUAUGCUCAUGCUGAUGCAGGUCGCCCACAUUAUGAUGCAGUCGUCGCGGCUGCAGCACAACAGCGCGCCUACCCAGUCAGCGACUGCAACAGCAGACAUGUCCAAUGUAUUUUGGCUGGUUGGCUGUCUGACAGCAGUGCCUCUUUUGGGCAUUGCGAUUCGCGUGGUGCUUUCCACCUGCAGUCUGAUUGCGAGCGUUCUGACGGUGGACGUGUUCUCGAAGGUGGGAUAUGCCAUCCUGCAUCCGAGCACGGCAGUGACCUGGUUCAGCACUCUGGUUACGUCGCUGCUAGAUGUGUUCAGGCCAUCCGCACAGCAUGACUACGCGCUGAAGCCAACAAUGUCCGCUGGGUGGGUGGCACUGGACGUGCUCGGCUGGAUUGCCACGGUGCUGAUUGUCUACGCACUGGUAGUGUGGAUUAAGCUCGCAUUUGGAAACCGGCUGAUGCACUUUGCGUGGAGCCGGUUCCGCGAGUUUGAGCGCCGAACAGCCGAGUGCAAGGGCACGGACCAGGACACAGCCAAUCUGAAGCAGUACGACGACCUGACCAAAAAAAGUGACCAUGACUCGUUCACCGAGGUCGGCAAGCUGAUUGGUAGGGAGAAGAGCGAGAAGGAGUGGGAGAAGCAGCGGCCAAAGUGGACCCUGGACAACAUCGAGCGCUACUCGCUGUUCAAGAGCCGCAUCCCCUGAGCGCGCGUGUGCCAGCAGGUAAUUUAAAGCAGACAAAACCUCAGGCCACGUUUAAUUUCCCAAACUCUUAUUGGAUUUAGCUUAUAAAAUAUAUUAUUUUUGCGACAUUUUUUAUUGAUAAUUUUUUCAAUUACAAAUUUUUCUC